CUGCCUGCCUGCCUGCCUACCUCUGACUACUACCUAUCUGCUACCUUGCGGUUGGACCCCCAUCACACACACAUAACGGGUCUACCCAUCAGCAAUAGUUCAAGAGCUGAGUGAACCGCACCGCUGUAACUUGUCAACACUGUUUGGUAGAUACUUGUCUCGUCUUUUCGGGUUUCUUCCCCUUUCAGACACUCGUUCAAGAAGAAUCAGAAACAAGCAAAUCUACCCCUUUCCAUUGUCCUGUUACUAUCUUCAUCAUCCAAACUACUUGAUAAAGAUGGUCGGAGUUCCCGGAAAAUACAAGGGCUGCAAUUCUUGCCGCGUCCGGAGAGUCAAGUGUGACAACGAACGACCCUUUUGUAGGAAGUGUAUCGAUAGUGGUCGCGAGUGUCUUGGCUAUAAGCGUGAAACCGUCUUCAUUGUCGGAACCAUCGAGGACGGCGGGCGUUGUUCGUCUCAUCCGCCAAGGGUCAUCAAGUCCAAGAAGGCCAAAGCUUCAACCUCAUCGAAAAGUGGAGGAGAGGAAGAUAGGGAGACUCCGCGGCAGAGGCAUCAGAAACAUCGUAAUCUGGAGCUCUUUCCGGAUCAGCCGCUCCAGUCGGUCUGGGACGACUUGAUCAUGCUGUCCACGAGCUCGGGGACGAAGUACAACGUACAGUUUACGGCUCUGAAUACUCGGCUUCAGAAUGUUGUCCGCGGUAGUGGCGGCAACAGAGAGGCUACAGGCGAGUUCAUUGUGAGCUCGAUGGCGGAUUACGAAGUCUCGAAUGUACAGCUUGAUUUCAGUGGCCAGGACUUCGAGCUGAAGUCACAGUGUUUGAUUAGUUUACCGGGAAGCCAGGACAGAGAUCCAUACAUGCCAUCGAUCGGCUCAUGCAUCAUGCUUUACGAGCACAACAACUCGACUCUCCACACGAAUCUCUAUAGCAGCCAGUCACUGAUCAAGAAUUCGGGCGCUCAAAGUGAUCCCAUUAGACGCGCAGGGCCAGAGAAAUUCCAGACAUUCCCUAACCAUCACUUCUUUGUCCGAGUCUACCGGCCUAAUGCUAUCCUGACCGCACUGCUCAACCGCACCCCGACUUUUCUCGAAUCCGCAGAAUGGACCUCCACUCCCUGGGAGAAGCACCCCAAGUCCAUCCUUGAUCAGCUUUUCGACAUAAUCACCCUCCUACCUCGCAACCUCUGGCGAGCAGACCGAGUCGCCGAAGAAGUGCCCACGCUUGCCCGUCGUCAGCGUGCUCAAGACCUCUUGAUUAGCUGUCUCAACAUCGAACGACAACUCAACGCCUGGUCUUCAUCCUUCAGCGCCGAGAGAACAACCGCUAUUUCACGCCAGACAGCCGCUGUCAUCACACCCUCCUCGUCCUCAACAUCGAUGUCAGACUACGGGCAAUCUCCGGCCUUCCAAACAACUCUACCAACCACAACAGCAACCUACCCUUACUUCCCCCCUUCCUCAUCACCCUGUUUCCAGUCCCAUUCCCACUCUUACUCCCAAACCCAACCCUCCUCCCAUUCCCACCGCCGCUCCUUAUCCAAUUCGACUUCCAUAUCCCACUCCAGAUGUACCCCCUCCCCCACCCCCUCCGCCUCUGCUUCCUCCCCACGCUUCCAACCCUACCUAACAACCUCCCCUCAUUCUCGCUCGCAUAAACCCCUCCAACAAAGAUCUCGCCGCACCUCUCCAUCCUUCACAACUCGCCCAACCACUCCUUACGGCUAUUCGGCAGGAUACCCCUUCACCAAACCCCCCUUAACCUUCCCCACCUCCCAGCUCGCCCUGUCCUAUAUUUUGUAUUGCACCAGCCUCAUGCAGCUCUACCAGACAAUCGAGCGCGUAUACUGGAGUAUCUUCGAGCCGUUAGACCUUACCGACCUUCCUACCGGAAACCACCUGCACAGCAGUAUCCAGUUACAGAUGCAGGCGCAGAUACAACAGCUUCCAGUUGAUCUCAUCCCCGACCCGGCGAGGUACGGAAGUAAGGCGGUAAGGGAAUGGGCAGAGAGGGCAUGUAGGAGCUUGGAGUUUGCAUUGAACAACAACAUUAACAACACUGGUAGUGGCGGUGGCAGUGGCGGUGGCGGUGUCGACCCGGAACUGUUGGCUUAUCCUCUUCGUGUGGUAAGGGCGUUUUAUGAGAGUUUGGGGGCUACUCCUACUUGGGAGAACCUCGGUGUUGGCAUGGGCGUGGAUGUGGACAUGAUGGGGGUUGAUGGCAUGGGUAUGGGCAUGGGCAUGGGCAUGGGUAUGGAAAUGAACAUUGGCAUGAAUCAUCAGAAUAUGAUGACUGGCGGGAUGGGAAGUAUGAGUUACUCGGCAGGUAUGGAAAACUUGAAUAUCUUCUCGACGACGCCCACGCCCACGACGACGACAGCGGCAAUUAUGAUGCAACAACAACAGCAACAACCUCAGGCACCGCCGCCGGACGGCAGACUGGAGGUUAUGUGGUGCGAUCAGUUUAGGGAGAGGUUGAAAGUUAGGGGGGCGGAGAUAUCCAGCUCUAUUGUGGGUGAAGGAAAGAAGUGGAGGGAGAUUGCUGCUUUUGGGUAUUGAGGCCAGACAGGCAGAUACGGGAAUGAGACAAAGACGGGUGGUGUACGGGUUAUUAGAUGAGAACACGAUGCAAUGAUGGAGAUCAGGGGCUGGCUUUUCUUUACUCUAUCUUGACUUUUCUCCGUCCAUUUUUCUUUUCAUUCCAGGGGACAUAAACAAAUAAGAUACUUACCGGCUGGAACACGCUGGGCCUCGCGAGAGGUUUGAAGAAACGUAUUGGGACGGUAAAGGACGGUUUUGCGUUUGCUUUUUGGGGUUUUGGGACACUGCUUUUUGUUUAUAGUUUGCUACUGUGCUGUGUUUAUCAGUGGUUUUUCUCAAAUGGAAACUCGCUCUUCUCAUGUCGUGAAUUUUCUCCAAUUUUGCUACCUUGUACUGGCAUGAUCUACUUCCAUUUAUGUGUUCUUUUCCUCUUCUUUUGCCAUAAAUGCGAUAACUACCAUAGAAGCCUGCCAAAUUCGGACUCGGG